AACUUCAUAACCAACAACAACAACACCUUGUGAGAGAAGGAUAGGCAAACCCUGUGUUUUCUCUUGAUCAAUAUAGCUGGUUUUAGUACUUUGAGAUCAGUUUAGUGCUAGAGCUAGCUAUAUAGUUUCCAUUUCUUCAUCUUAAUUCCUCUCUCAGUGAAGAUAUGGGGUUGUUCGGUGUUCAAAGACCAUUGGUUCUUAUCUUUGGACUCUUAGGUAACUUCAUCUCACUAAUGACGUACCUUGCUCCAGUACCAACAUUUUACAGAAUUUACAAGAAAAAAACAGCAGAAGGGUACCAAUCUGUACCAUAUGUGGUUGCACUAUUCAGUUCAAUGUUGUGGAUAUACUAUGCAUUCAUCAAAACUGAUGCAACUUUUCUCAUCACCAUUAACUCGGUUGGAUGUGUCAUCGAGACUAUCUACAUCGCCAUGUACAUGGCAUAUGCAGCAAGGAAGGCUAGGGUCCAGACAGCUAAGCUUCUGCUGUUCUUGAAUUUGGGUGUAUUCUGUCUGAUUCUUCUUCUCACUCUCUUACUGACAAAGGGACCAAACCGUAUCAAGGUUCUGGGAUGGGUUUGUGUUGCCUUCUCUGUGUGUGUCUUUGCGGCUCCUUUAAGUAUCAUGAAAAAAGUUAUCAAGACAAAGAGUGUCGAAUUUAUGCCGUUCUACCUAUCGCUUUUCCUCACAGUGAGCGCCGUUGUGUGGUUCUCUUACGGCUUCCUACUCCACGACAUGUACAUUGCUCUACCGAACAUUCUGGGGUUCAUUUUUGGAAUAAGUCAGAUGAUACUGUACGCAAUAUACAGGGGAAGGAAGCAGCCAAAAAUCGUCGAAGAUGAGGUUAACAACGUAGUCGAGAUCAGUACUAUCAAUGCUUCUAAUGCUGCUACUCUCCUCAAUGUUGCUAAGCUGAAGGAGAUUCUUCCCGACGUACAGAUUAUUACUAUCAGCAAUGGUAAUAUCGAAGAUGUUCAAGAACAACUAGCUAAAGAAAAGAGCAUUCGCGGAGCAGUACUCUACCAGCCCCAAAACGUUGUUGAAGUGUGAUUCAACUACCUAUAUGUGAAAUGCAUGUCUGGUUUGUCAUGACAAAAUAUGGGUUGAUUUCCACAGUAGUCCUUCCCAUCUGCUAUCUUAUGUAUAAUUAAUUAAGGAUCUACUAGGGUUUACAUUCUUGUCUCUA